AUGUGAUGUAUAGAUCUUAGUGGGAGAGAAUCUAGACUUUCAGUGCAAACACGGGUUUGUGGAGUGCCCGUUCUGGAGAUCGCAGGCGCUGGCGUCCACGUUGCGCUGGUUUUGCCCCAGCAUUCAACUCAACAUCCAGCGUUCAGCACUCAGUAUAUUGUUGUGCUCGUGAGUACGAGAAACCACAGCAAGUAAGCUAGUGCCAGUAGCUGCUCUGGACUCCGUACUUAUUGUCAGUCCUGCAUUACCUUUGUGUCAGUGUAGGAGGUCUGUGUCGCGCGUGCUCACUGGAAAACUUGUAAAAAAUAGUAAUUAUUAUUUUUUCUGUGCGUACAACCGCGCUCGGAGUUGAUGAAAAAUUUGAGUAGCAUCCAGAGCGCAAACAGUGGCGGGCGAGUCCACCUGUUAAGCCGCGAGGAAGCUGCUCUUGUUUUGCAAGUGGUUCCACGCGGUUUUUAGUUUUACUUUUCAUUUUUUUAGAUAGUUUUCGUUUUUUUGGAUUUAAGUAUUUACUGGGAAACAACAUUGGAUUAAAGUUACAUGCUCCUGGAUUACUUUACGGUACAAAAGAAAGAAGAGAUCUUGGAUAAGUCGUACCAACCGAGCAUACGUGACCGGUUAACCAGAGCUGAAACGGUGCUUUCAUUGGAGGGCACUUGCAGCUGACCAAGUAAACCAACUUCACACAAAGAAGACAAAGGACCAAGGACUUGAGUAUCUUCUAUCAGAAGAAGAAAAAGAAGCUUAAUAAAAUUUUAACGAGUCUGUCACUAUAUAUAAAAUAGCCGGGUUAUCUCAUUUCGAACCAUAAAACACCAGUUAUCGGAUAUUAUUUCCUGCAUUUACCUCCAGUUAAAUUCAAGAUUGGAGACACUUUUUAUUUUAUUACCGCUGUUGGAAAAUGCUCGUGCCAAAGUAAAAAGAAUCUUGAGUAAUUUUCACAGAUCAAAUCUAAUUUCAGGCGAUAAAUAAUAAAAAUUUCAAUAAUCCAAUAAAAAAAUAAAGAAUUUAAAGAGACAGUUAAAUUUUUAUUUUCUUAAACCUUAUAGUGGAAAAUAAAAAUAAAAAAAGUAAGAAAAGAUUCUGGUGAAGAAGAGAGUCUUUAUACUAUGAGUGACAGAACUUGUGUCCAUGAGCGAUAGUUAAACUUGAGCAAGUCUUUAACUUAAGAGUAGAGGUACCUCUACUCUACCUAGGUAGAGGUAUACGAUCAAAGGCCUGGAAUCCUCGUGGUAAGAUCCGUCCGGCGACGAACAAAGGAGCCACGUUCAAGGCAGUGAACGAGUGAAAGAGAAACGGUGGAUUGGUGAUGCAAGGAGUGUAACAAGGCAACAAGGAAAGGUGAAGAAGGCUAGCCAGCUGUAACCGAUGCUCCUGGUGUGUGAGAAGAAAGAAGACACCAACAUUACGUUAAGAAAAAAGGGGAGAGCUAGCAGAGGAUCUAAGGGACGUGUGUAGUAGCUUUUGGAGCUGUAUUUUUACAAUAUAUAUGUAUAUAAGUAGUGGUUCUACUUGAACAUCUACCACAUUGAGAAUCGAGAAAAUAACAGAACGAAGAACGAAGAGCUAAACGAAACGGUGAAGGGGAUAACGACCAAGAGGGAGCUACGUUGCCGUGGAGACCGAUGUUCAGGGCCGUACAAUGGCCGGGGCGCUGUCCGAGAACGCCCCGAGACCGGUGAGCGUCGUCACCGUUGACGGAGGCACUCCGCAGACCGUCGAGCCGCCCCCAGAGACCACGAUCCAGGAAAACUCCAACGGUAAUGGAGUCAGAUGCUUCGCCUCGACCGAGGCGCAGACAGACAUGGGAUUGACUCCUCGCGUCGAGGGGAUUAAUCCGGGGUGCGAUGAUCUCAGAGACGCCAGGAGGCGGGAGAGACGGGUGAGAAGACACCACCGCAGGGCCAUGAGGAGCUGCUCCAUGCCUCCGACCUAUCCCGGGGGACCUGGAUGUGUUCAAGCUAAUGCAGGUGUUGGAACUGCGCCAGGAAUGCCGCUAGUGCCGCCCGUGGGUGGGUUUCUACACCCCCCGCCGCCACACCUGGGUCUGAGGGGGCUCAGCUUGGGUCUGCCGUUUCCGGUGCCGGCCAGCGUGUCCGCCUUUGGCAGAGACGCAGUGCCGAAGCAGUGUUGCGGACUCGGCUCACCUCCCGUUCGCUGGUCCAUUCUCGGCGUGGGCAUUGUGGGCCUUGUUUGUGCAGCUGCGGGGGCUCUACUUGGCGCCCUCAGGGCAACUGGUCGCGACCACAUCGCCGUAUCGCUUCUCAUGAUUGGUAUAGGAGUGGUCUUGCUGACGGUGAGCGGAGUCGCCUGGCGAGUGACCAGCCGAGAAAAUUGCGGCAGCUUCUUCGGUUUCACGGGCAUCUCCGCGAGGAUUCCACCGGCGAGGCCGAUGCAUCCAUACGCGGCCAUGAUCUAUCCGGAAUUCCAGUUCAGAACACCACCGCCGAGUUACCAGGCCAGUAUGCAGGAGUACAGACUGCGAUUGCUACUGCUGGACAGACUUCAACCUACCUCCUCACCACCUCCGACCUACAGAUCUAACGCCGCGAGCAUAAUCGCGCCUUGUACAACUCGGGAGAGCCGACCUCCGAGCUACUGCGGCCGCGGAAACGUCACGCCAAAUGCGACCCUGGCACCCUCGACUAAAAAGGACGCGAAUCUCGUGAGGAUCGUCCAAACGGAGUCUGAACCGGUGAUUCUCAGCGGGGACCAGACACCUCCUGUGUCAACUGCCGUGGAGGUCCUCGCUCACCUCUAACUCAGCAGUGUUGUUAAUAAAAACAAUAUUAAUUUUUAUUUAAAUAUUAAUGCUAAUAAUAAUUAUAAUGAUAGAUAAUGACGAAGAUAAUAAUAACGACGAAAUGACAACAAUGAGGAUGUUGAGGAUGACGAGGAUGAGGACAGCAUCAUCAUCCGUAAUGGACGACACCGAUUCCUAGGCAACGAUUUCACGGUACGUUGUUCUUAACUCGUCGCUGCGCAUUGUAGAUAUAUUUCCGUUCUAGAACACGUUGUCUCUUUCACCGUUCCUAUGGAUGUAUGUAUGUAUAAACUUCCGCCAGGAACAUCCUAACGUUUCACGGCCCGUUGACAAUAUCACUCUGCUGAUAAAUCCACGGUGUCUCUUUCCACCGUUAUUUUGCUCUAUUUGCACUGGGAAAAAUAUAAGAAAAAUAUAAGAUUGACUAAAUAAUUAUUUACAUACAUUGUGAAUAAAAAAAAAAUAUUAUUAAGUAUUGAUU